AUGAAUCCAUCACAGCCUAUUCCAGAUAUUCCGGAAAUGCAAUGCAUGGAAGAUGGGAUGAAGUUAACAUUCCGUACAGCAAAACCAUUCAGAGGUCGCAUAUUCGUGAAGGGUAUGAUUAAUAAAGAUCAGUGUGUCAAUUCAUUUAUUGGCAAUAAAAAACUCGAAGUGCAAUAUGAGAUAAUUAUUGGACAGUGCAAUAUGCGACGCUCCAGAAAGAUUGGUCAUGAAUUAAAAGGUGUCGAACAGUCUAUUACCGUGGUUGUUUCUUUUCACGAUAUUUUCAUCACAAAGAUUGACCGUGCAUUUCGAUUUAUCUGCUUUUACAUGGAAGCUGAUCGAGUGAUUACCGCUCGAUAUGAUGUCAGCAUGAUUCCGACAACGGCUGUGAUUGAUACCGCUCGGAUGCCACCUUGCACCUACACUGUCCGACGGGAAUCUGUAAUCGGGAAAGCUAUCUCAUUUGCAACCGUUGGCGAACCUGUUAUUCACGUCUGGCAAUGCGAAAGCGAUAUGUUUUCCAUUCUUGUGCACAGUUGCUUUGUGGAUGACGGCAGUGGAUAUGAAAGAAGGCCUCUUAUCGAUGAGCGUGGUUGUGCAAUUGAACCGACAAUUAUACCUGAUUUGACAUAUAAUGAAGAUGGAAAUAUGGCUUUUUCUGAAGUAAAUGUCUUCAAAUUUGCGGAUAAACUGACUAUUUAUUUCCAAUGCGCUGUUUCCAUCUGUAUGCGCUCGGAAGGAAAAUGUAAUGAGCAAACUCCUCCACUCUGCGCUAAUGAUCGAAUGGAACAUUCCAAAACAAAAAUGGCUCACACAUCUGCAAAUUCGAAUACAACACAAACAACUGAAAAAAUAGCAAACUCGAUUUCGAAAUUACGAAAAUUACGAAGUGUUACAAAACCGACCACAUUAUUUCUAUUAGAAAAUAAAAUUUCGCCGAAGGGACAGGAAAGAUAUACGAUAGAUUUGUCCACAGAUAAAAUCGUUGUGUUGGAUUUGGAUGAAGAAAGAUCGACCGAUACAGAAAGUGCUUUAUCAUCUCAGGCUUUUAUAAUUCAAUUAUUUGAUCGUCAAAAAGUAACGAUACGUAUAAAAUAA